GGUUGCCAAGAAACCGAACUGAACAUUAAAUAAACAUUAAACCUGUUUAUGGUCCAUCAGUGUAACAUCUGAGUUUAGGUCCAGAUUUACACCACAAACAGCUCAAAUCAAUAUAAUGUUCCUGCAAACAAUCCUGAUCUGAGUUUAAUCUGAUGAUCAACAUCCAACCUGAACUGUUCACUUCACUUCACAUCCAACACAGCAGCUCAUCCAUCCACACUGACCGCAUCUGUAAUACAGGCUUUUGUGCCAUCCGAUGGCGUUCUGCCUGGCUGAGCUGAACCUGUGGUCCACCAGGAGCAGCCUGAACGUGCGAGAUACAGAUAUCGGCACAUUCCAGUAUUAUGAAAAAAGGGAACCAGUGUUUCCUGCAGAUCUACAAUAUUACAGUGAAAAGCAAAACUACGUCGAGAGUCGAGGUUACCCGUGGUUGGUGAGUAACCGCCGGCCGGAGAGGUUGAGGGAUGCCCUGAAGGAACUGGAGGAGUUGCUGCAGUCGAGCUCUUGUGUUUGUACUAAAUGGAGAACGAAGCAGUGCUGUCAGAUGCUGUUGAGCUCAGGUGUUUUGGUAACUCUUACUCUAAGUGCAGCUCAGCUAGAGCGAGUCUCCAUCGACAAAACACUGGUGGGACGACUACCUGCUGACACCAUCAGUCACGCGGUGAUCGGCGAGCGCUUCCUGCUGCUCUCGUUGGUGGAGAAGAGUCAGGUGUGUCAGGUGUCCCUCGGGAGGCGGAGCCAGGGCUCGCCCGAGCUGUCGGCGCGGCGUCUGGAGAAACUCUCACCCGCCGAGAUCAAGGUUUCUUCAGUGGAUCUGGCUGGUGGAGGCGGGCGCCGCGUCAGCCGCCGUGUGGCACUGAACCGCUCACAGGACGUGGGUGUAUGCUGGUGGCAGAGCCAGCACGAAGAGGUGUGGCCUUGGUCACCAGUGCCCAGUGCCGUAGAACGGGCCAACCUGGUACUGCUGGGGUUCUCGGAAAGCCCAGGGCUAAUGGUUCUGAGCUCAAUACGUACAGAUGGCGACCCUUUAGACUGCCGCUUCAGCCUGACUCAACCCUAUCAGAUCCUCACGUUGGAGCUGCACCAGGGGGCACGCGGCCGCACAGAGGAGCAGCGCAAAGAUGCCCGUCUUUCCACCGCGGAGCUGCUCGAGGAGGCCCACGUCGCUCAAACCUGCGUGUACGAGUGCGCCCGUGCACGUCUGCAGUGCCUCUCGGCCGCACCUUUGCCUCUCUCCUCGGCCCCCGUGUCACUGUGCCGGGACCCGACGGAGCGCUGGCUCCUUCUCGGCCUCCGGGAUUCCUCCGUGGUGCUGUUUCACAUCGACACGGGCAUCCAGGCGCGCUCCACCUGCCCCAUGGUGCCCUCCGUACUCACCUGGCACCCCGAUGGAGGUCUGAUCGUAGCCGCCGGCGGACAGGGUGAGCUGCAGUGCUUCGAUUUGGGACUGACCCCGCUCCGCCUGCAGCUCGUUUCAGAAGAGGUCACAGGGACGGGCGGCAAGAGUCUGCAGCUGGCAAAGCAUGUGAAGGUGCCUGGAGGGUUGGAGGGGGUGGAAUGGGUGCACACAGCGACAUCGCAGGGUUUGGAGGGGCUGGAGGUUCACGAUCUGCUCUUGCUCCGGUUCCAUGGCGGACCACUGGCUGCUCUGAAACUACGACUGGGGGUGUUAAACGGGGCUCGUCUGAGUGCGGGUGAGCUCCUGCAGCAUCGCCUGCAUUGUGGAGAGGUGGACGCUGCACUGGGCAUUCUGAGUAACAUGGACUGGUGCAUGAUGGGAGCAGACUGCUAUCGGAGUCUCAUCUCGGUGACCGAUCACCUUCUGAGAAGAAAACUGGACGAGCAAACGGAGGCUCAGUUAGAAGCAACUUUGGGGAUGUUCUACUCCCCCUCCAGAUCUUUAACUGACACAGUGAUACUGGAGUAUCGAGAUCCCAUCAGCCUCUACGCCCGCAGGUUUUUCCAUCACCUGCUCAGGCACCAGCGCUUUGAGAAGGCGUUUCUCCUUGCUUUAGACAUCGGAGCUCGAGACCUGUUCAUGGACCUCCAUUACGUGGCACAGGACGGCGGCGAGCCCGUGUUGGCCAGCGUGGCCCUGCGGAAGGCGCGGGAGCUGGAGGCCGAUCGGUCGACCUCUGACCCGGGUGAGAAUGCUGUUACAGACGAGCCGAACCCUGCACCCGGAGCGCAGAAUGGAACGGACACGCCCAGAGAAUGGAGUAAUCAUGGCCAGACGCACAGGAAAGCCAUGACGAGAGUUGAUUCCUCGAAGAAGACGAUCAGAGAGACAAAAGAAGACGUCACUGAGACUCUAAACCCUGCCUUCUGGGCCUCGGCUCGAACGGAAAUCAGCCUUGACAACAACCAGGAGUCUGAAGAUCCUGGAAAACUCAAAGUCAUUCAUUUUGGCCUUGUAUGAAGAUGUAGUUUUAUUAUUUAAAUCUGUCUCUCAGGGAUCAUUUUAUUUCAGUGUUAGGUUUGUUAAGCAAGAUUUAUAUAUAUUUUUUACAUCUACACAUUAUUAUACAUUUUUACACUCUAGCGAUCUGCUAAUUUUGUUUUAUAUUUUGUAGAACUUAAAGCCACAAGCUCAAAGAGGGCGGAUUUUUUACAUACUUGUAACACAUUACACUAAACUUCAUGGUUGUUUUGUUUUUGCUUUAAUAAAAGUGUUUU